CUUGCAGUAAUAAUGGCAAAUAAUCACAGAGAGAGUAAAAAGAAGCAGGUAAUAGCAAUAAUUGGAGCAGGAAUAAGCGGACUCUUAGCCUGCAAAUACAGCCUCUCUAAAGGAUUUGAUCCAAUUGUAUUCGAGUCCGAGAGUAGGAUUGGGGGUGUUUGGACUAAAACCAUUGGGAGCACUAAGCUGCAAACACCAAAACCAUAUUUCCAGUUCUCUGAUUUUCCCUGGCCCCAUACUGUAACCGAACUGUAUCCUCACCAACAAACGGUGCUGGAGUACAUUGAAUCGUAUGCUCGUCACUUUGAUUUGCUCCGCCACAUACAAUUCAAUAGCAAAGUGUUGAGCAUUAACUAUGAAGGUGACGACUCAAUUAGUGGAGAAUGGAAUUUGUGGGGCGGCACCGGUGAGGCUUUUAGCAAUAAAGGGAAGUGGAACGUCAAAGUACACGACACUCGAACCCUCUCCACACAGGUAUACCAAGUUGAUUUUGUAGUAGUUUGUGUGGGAAGGUUCAGCCAAGUGCCAAACAUCCCUGAAUUUCCUCCGCAGAAAGGCCCCGAAGCAUUUGAGGGUGAAGUAAUCCACUCAAUGGACUAUUCCAAAAUGGACUCCAGAACUGCAGCCAACUUUGUCAAAGGAAAACAUGUAGCCGUCGUUGGAUUCCUUAGAUCAGGAAUGGACAUUGCCAGGGAGUGCUCAACGAUUAAUGGGAUUGAACGUCCAUGCACAGUGGUAAUUAGGACCCCACAUUGGAACCUUCCGGAUUAUUUUCCAUGGGGACUCUCGCUGGGAUAUCUCUACCUAAAUCGAUUCUCCGAACUUACGGUGCAUAAACCCGGUGAAGGCCUUCUACUAAGUCUCCUAGCCACAACUCUUUCACCAUUGAGGUGGGCCUUCUCAAAAUUUGUAGAAAGUUAUAUAAAACACAAACAUAGGCUUGCAAAACAUGGAAUGGUGCCAGAGCAUAGUUUCUUAAACGAUUUGAGUUCCUGUUCGCUUGCUAUAGUGCCGGAGGGCUUCUACGAUAGAGUGGAGGAAGGAAGUAUCAAGCUCGUCAAGAAAGCAGGCUCUUUUGGAUUCUCGAAAGAAGGUAUUAUGCUCGAGGGUCAGGCUGAACCAAUAAAAUCCGACUUAGUCAUACUCGCCACAGGCUUCAAGGGAAUUGAUAAGCUCAAACACAUUUUUGAAUCACCAAAAUAUCAGGAAUUCAUAGCAGGCUCAGAUGAUUCUGCUGCAGUUCCCCUCUAUAGGGAAUGCAUUCAUCCCAAGAUUCCCCAGCUGGCAAUAAUUGGAUUCUCAGAAAGCAUCGCGAAUCUAUACACAUCAGAAAUAAGGUGUAGAUGGCUAGCAGAGCUUCUUGAUGGAAAAUUCAAGCUGCCUAGCAUCAAGGUCAUGGAGAAAGACAUAGCAGAAUGGGAUAAAUACAAGAAGAGAUAUUCAAAGAAGUAUUACAGGAGAUCAUGCAUCGGUGCAUUGCAUAUUUGGCACAACGACCAACUCUGCAAGGACAUGGGAUGGAAUCCUAAGAGGAAAAAAGACCUUUGGGCUGAGUGGUUCGAACCUUAUGGACCAAUGGACUACGCAGACCCAAAAUAAGCCAAGGUUUCCCACCCCAGUUUCAAAAAAAUGAAGCUUUCCCUUUGUUUUUACUGCUUUGAGCUUUCCUUACAUUGUACUGCGUUUUUCUUAUUUU